AUGAUGGAUGAGUGGACUCUAGAGACCAGGGCCAUGGACGUACAAGCUGUGAGUAUGACCCUUCCAGGAAGGACCCGCCUGCUGAAUAAUGAGAAGGAGAAGGCAGCGGUGAGGAUCCAGUCAUGGUGGCGUGGCAAUGUAGUGCGCCGGACGCUACUGCACACAGCGCUCAGGGCCUGGGUCAUCCAGGGCUGGUGGAGGUCAACUCAGGCCAAGGUGUUGGAGCAGAGACGGCCCCUGGCACUCAGACUCUACUCCUGCCAGGAGUGGGCAGUGGUGAAGGUGCAGGCCCAGGUUCGGAUGUGGCAGGCCCGCAGACGCUUCCUCCAGGCCGGACAAGCCGCCUGCAUCAUCCAGACUCACUGGCGCUGGCAUGCCAGCCAGACCCGAGGCCUGAUCCAGGGCCGCUAUGAGGUCAGAGCCAGGCGGAUGGAGCUCGACAUCGAGAUCCUCAUGACCUAGUGUAUCAUAGAGCCCAAGAGACUGGACCUCUCUCCCAAUAAAGACACUUAACU